GUACAACCAAGUGAGCCAACUACAGAAACUCAUGAGGCAGCAUCCCAAGCACGGGAACAACCAAAACACACCACUCUGCUCCCAACCCCCACCAAAACACCGGCUGUUCGGCACGGCGUCGCACACGUACGGCGGCAUGGGAGGCGAGCCAGGUGACCAGGAGCCGUCGCCGGCGAGCGCCCGGCGGCACGUGCUGCUCCUGUGCAGCCCGUGCAUGGGGCACCUCAUCCCUUUCGCCGAGCUGGCGCGCCGGCUCGUCGCCGACCACGGCCUCGCCGCCACGCUCCUCUUCGCGGCGGCCACGGAUGCCCCCUCGGAGCAGUACGCCGCCCUGGCCGCGUCCGUGCCCGACGGCGUCGACCUCGUCGCGCUGCCCGCGCCACCGGCGGACGCCCUGCCGCCCUCAACCCCCGUGCGCGAACGCGUCGUGCACGCCGCCCUCUCGGCCGUCCCACAUGUCCGGGACAUUGCCGGGUCGCUGACCUCGACCGCGCCGCUCGCCGCGCUCGUGGUGGACAUGGCCAGCGUGCCGGCGCGGGACGUCGCCACGGAGCUGGGCGUCCCGUGCUACAUGUUCUUCACCUCGCCGUGGAUGCUCCUCUCCCUGUUCCUGCACCUCCCGGAGCUCGACGCCGGGCUCGUCGGGGAGUACCGGGACGCGACGGAGCCCAUCCGGCUGCCGGGCUGCGUGCCGAUCCACGCGCGCGAGCUUCCCGGGGCCAUGCUCGCCGACCGGAGCAGCGAGACGUACGCCGGUUUCUUGUCCUUGGCCAAGGACGCCGCGAGAGUCGACGGGAUUCUCGUGAACACGUUCCGUGAACUAGAGCCUGCCGUGGGCCAAGGCGGCACGGACUGCGUGAAGGACAUGCCGGUGCACGCGAUCGGGCCGUUGGUCUGGACAAGGCCGGUCGGCGUGAACCGGGAGCCGGAGCACGCACGCCUCAUAACAUGGCUGGACCAGCAGGCACGUGGUUCCGUCGUCUUCCUCUCGUUCGGGAGCGGUGGCACGCUCACGCGGCGGCAGACGACCGAGCUAGCGCUCGCGCUGGAGGCGACCGGGCGUCCGUUCAUCUGGGCCGCAAAGAGGCCACACGAGGACACGGCGGACGGCGCCUUCUUCGGAACCGGGCGAGGAGGAGACGACGACGACGACCCGCUGGGCUUCCUGCCGAGGGGCUUCGUCGAGAGGACGGCGGGGGUGGGGCUCGUCCUCCUGUCGUGGGCCCCGCAGACAGCGAUCCUCGGGCACGCCGCCGUCGGGUGCUUCGUCACGCACUGCGGAUGGAACUCGAGCCUGGAGGGCAUCCUUAAUGGAGUGCCGAUGGUCGCAUGGCCGCUCUACGCCGAGCAGAAGAUGAACGCCGCCAUGUUGGAGGCCCACGCAGGGGUGGCGGCCCGCUUGAACGCCGCCGGACCUGGCAACGGCAACGGCUUUGUGUGCAAGGAAGAGAUUGUGAGCGUGAUCCGACGUGUGAUGAAUGGGGAGGAAGCAGCAAUGAUGAGGAGGCGUGUUGGUGAGCUCAGAGACAGAGCCACACAUGCGCUAGCCAUGGAUGGUUCUUCAACUCUUGCACUAGCCAAGGUCACAGCUUUGUGGAAAUCUUCUAUUUCUCGUGACGAAAAAUAAAGGAAAAGCAAAAUAAAUGUAUGUUUGCAAGCCACCGAUCACCAUCUCUCUACUCCUAAAACGGGAUUUGAUAGGCUGAGAUUAACGAGAGGGGCGUUUUGGUGGACGAGCUCCAUGCAGGCCGCUAUCCGCGCCGGUCGCUCUGGCCUCGCGAUGGGUGGCCUCUGCUCUUUUUGCUAUAUACGAGCUGUAUUAGCUGGAAAUACGGCUGUGCCACCUACUCCUGUUCAGGGUUUGUACGUGGGCCUACGGUUUUGCUGCUGCUGGCAGGAUAUAGCUCAAAUAAUAAAUAUUCUUUUUCAGGCGGUCUACGAGCUGCUGCUCAAUUCAUUAGUUAUGAAAUACCAUUAACUUUUUGUGUGCGCGCACAAGAUGUUUUGCCUGUGCAGCUUUGAAUUUGGCCCACUUGGCGGGCUGGCGCAGGUGGCUGGUGGGGGAAAUAAAUGUAUCUUCCUGGCCCGUGCAGCGACAGAGAUGACCUUUAAGCGGUGUGUGGCCUGUUUGGGCAGUCGACCUACACACCGGCUAGGGGUGAGCGCCGCUUCUCGCCAUGGACGGCAUGGAGUUCUUCUUCGGGGAAUCUGGAGCAGGAUCUGGCUGGCUCUCGAUUGCCUGUGCAGGCUCGUACCGCGUUUGGACGGAGGGGUUGUCUUAAGAGAGCUAGUUGCCGGCGCGCAACUGAUUGAGGGCGGCACGAGUGGAACUGCUGAUGCGGGCGAGGAGUUGAUUUCUUCUUUGCCAUUGGGAUGAGCUGGAGGCCACAUGGAUUACGAAGGGGGAGGAGAGACUGGCAAAGGGAUGGGCGAUUCAUCUGACACGGGAGCUGCAAAUAUAGCGUGUGAUGCCGCGGACCGGGAUGCAUACGAAGAGGGCGUGGUAGUGUCCAAUACAGAUCAAUCUUGUUGGACCAGGAGAGUCAGAGUUGGGAAGGCGCCAUAUGAGAGGGAGCCGAGCCCUUCACGGAUGCCUUGGAAGAAAGUUACCAGGAAAAAAGGACAAAACUAGAGGGAUUGUCCUGAAGCAAAAUAUCCUAAUUGAGGUGCAUGCCUCACAGGUUUAUACCAGGACAAUGUUUGAGAAAUUUGGUGAAGCACUGUAUGAAUGUGGGCGUAUGAUCUCAUGGAAGUCAGGCCACACUUGGAGUACAUUGCUAGGAACAUCAAGUUUCAGUCAAAGGAAAAAUGGUGCAAGAAUGAGUUUGUGAUCUCCAUGAGCGAGACAACUGAUGAGUUUAGGAGUGUGGAACAUUUGAGCACUAUGGAAUGCUUUGCAGCCAUGCACUUAAGGUCAUGAUACACCUAAAACUACAUGAGCUCCCUACGAAACAUGUACUGAAGUGAUGGACUAGAGAUGCAAGAGAUAUACUACCGCCGGAGUAUUUGCGCGCGCUACCAGAAGGAUCAUGGGCCGCUGAAGUAUUCUUUUCGUCGACACAACACUUUGUACCUGUUGGCACUCGAUAUCGUUAAGUUAGGCGACAGUAAUGUGGAAGCGUAUGCACUUGCUAUGGAGAAAAUGCGAGAUGUCAAAGUGUUGGUCGGGCCAGUUGCCGCCGUGACGGAUGGGCUUGGUUUAUCUGAUAGAGAGCUCGCAGCAGAUUUAGCCGGCUCUGCCGUUGGUAACAAGUAGCACCUUGGCCGAACUGGCUGGGCGUCCAACAACCAGUCGUGACAAGGCUCCAUAUAAACAACCAUCAAAGAGAAGUAGAUUAUGUUCUAUAUGUGGAAUUCAGGGACACAAGAGCACAACAUGCCCAGCUAGGGGAGAUCUGCCAAAGGCACCUAGGAAAUCUCCUCGCUGCUCAAGAUGUGGGUUAACAGGGCACAUGAAGAACAUGAUGGAUCCAUGGGAUCGUGUAGGGUUGGAUUAGAUCCGGUGAACCUACCUUCUCCAGCAGUUGAUGAACUCGAGCUGGAGGCCAUCGUGGUGCUGGGGCGCACGGCGAUGGCGGAGAGUGGGCGAGGUGGUGGAGCUUCCCGUGAGCACCGCGCUAACCCUAGAUCGGUAGGGAUUGUAGAUGGGGAUUGUGGCAGCGAUUAACCUCGUAAGUCGUGCCCCGGCCCCCAACUCUGUUGAUAUAGCGCGGGUCACAGGGGGCCAUCAACCAUGGUUUGGUUGGGCGCCCCCGAUCAGGGCGCGAGUCAGGGGCCCGUUCGACCCGUUGGGUUCGAACGGGAGAGAGAUCAACCUAACAGAACACACAUGCAGCAACCCACCUAAGGUCUGAAAAAACUAGAUUUUAGUGUUGUUUCUUGAUGGUAUGGAUCUGGUUAUCUGGCACUUUGUUAUUAAAAAUCGUACCUUAUUUGUGGAAGACAUCAAAAAAUAGUGUUUGUGCUUGUCUGAUACUAUGCAUUCUUGUGUGGGUAUGGUAAAAAAACAUUUUUAAUUCCCGUGACGAAUUCCGUUAUAUAUGCUCGUGUGUUGUGGUCGAACUGAAGAAAUUCAGCACAGAUGGUGAUUCGUCCUUGACAGCCUGUCAGCGUGCCCAUGUUCAUCUAUGUGAGUGAGUGAUGCUAGCACUGGAUGGACAUGAUGGGUGAAUGGAUCGCACAUCUGAACAGCCUGUCAGCGACAUGGGAUGCUACUGUAGGGAAAUACAGAAUACAGUGUGGGCGUUACAGCUGUGAGCUCGAAUA